AUGGCACGCGGAAAACCUACUGAUCCAAAAGUGCGAGAAAUCAUUAUUAAUCAGUACCACAAGGGUAAAACAAUGCGUGAAAUUUCCAGUGAAUUAACGGUAGCAACAUCUACAGUGUUUAAUAUAAUUAAGAAAUAUGGUGAAACUGCCAGUAUUGAUGUUCGCGGCAAAAGCUCAGGCCGUCCAAAAGCUGUUUCUCAAAGGAGUGUCAGACAUUUAAUCAGAAUAUGUAAGUCGGGAAGAAGAAAUACACUACGAGAAGUAACUGCUAGAUGGAAUAGAGAAACUGGGAUGAAUGUCUCCAGAGAAUGUUGUCGCAAAUAUAUCCACAAAAACGGUCUUAGUUUUUAUAAGGCCAAAGAAAAACCAUUGUUGACGGAAGCUCAGAAAAGGAAUCGUUAUAUUUGGGCUAAAUCUAAACUUUCGUGGACCAAACUUGACUGGGACAAAGUUAUCUAUAGCGACGAAAGCAAAUUUGAUGUCUGUGUGGGAGAUUACCGAAAGCGUGUGAUUAGAGAAAAGACAGAAGCAGUCCAUAAAGAUUGUCUCAAAAGGACUUGCAGCUCGACGGCGAACGUGGAAUAA